AUGGCGUGGUCCCUGAGUGACAAGGAGCGAGCCGGCACGGCGGCGCGCAUAGCAGCCAACAUAAGCACGCUAGCAUUCUUUCGCGGUCGUGAAUUCAGCGAUGCCGACGCGCAGGAGAUCGCCGCAGCAAUUGAGAAGAAGGCCUACACCGCCGCGCUGGUCGCAGCGCGCACCACCACGGGCGACAGGCCUGCGGCGGAGAUCACCUCCGGCUACAUCAGGAAGCUGGCCGAGCUGGUGCUGGAGGCAGUCAAGCAGGGCAUCACUAAAGCCGACGCUGCGCCCUCCGCGGCGGGAAGCGGCGAGGAGCACGACCUGUUUGGUUCGCGCGACUUCCUGGACGCUGAGAGCGCAGAGAAGGCGCUGGCUCCGCUGCUGGCUGCAAGAGCCGCGAUCAAAAAGGUGCGCUUCAGCACCAAGAGCUUUGGCCGCGACGCCGCCGGGGUGGCUGCGCGCGCCCUGCGGUCUGUGGCUCAUGUGCUGGAGCACGCGGACAUGAGUGACAUCAUUGCGGGCCGUGCGGAGGACGAGGCUCUCGAGGCGCUGCGCAUCAUGUCCGCUGCCCUGGCCACGGCCAGGCUCAAGCACCUCAACCUCAGCGACAACGCACUGGGCGAGAAGGGCGUGCGCGCCGCCGCCGACGCAUUUGUGGGGCAGGAGGGUCUUGAGUUCCUGUCGUUGCAGAACGUGGGCUGCAGCGUCCACGCCUGCAAGGCCGUCGCUGAGCUGCUGCGCCACACCGCGGCGCUGACGGGGCUGCACCUCUUCAACAAUAUGAGCGGGGACGAGGGCGCCACCUACAUCUCCACGGUCCUGGCGCGCGCCCCCGCCAUGGCAGACUUCAGGAUGGCGUCGUCGCGCGUGGGGCCGGCGGGCGGCAUCGCGCUCGCCCAGGGCCUGUCGGCGGGCCGAGUGCUGGUGCGGCUGGACUUGAGUGACAACCCUAUGACGUCAGAGGUGGCGCCCGCCCUGGCCGCGGCCCUCGCGCAGCAGCCUCAGCUGCGGGCCCUCAACCUCAAUGACACCAGCCUCACCGACGAGGGCGUCGCCACAGUCUGCAAGGGGCUGGUGGGGGCUGCACCGGAGCUGCAGGAGCUGGAGCUGGCACUCAAUGAGAUCACCCCGCAGGGCGCUGUGGCCGUGGCUGCCGCCCUGGCAAACAAGAAGCACCUGACCAAGCUGAACCUGCGUGAAAACGAGCUGGAGAGCGCCGGCGCAGCCGCAGUGGCGCGCGCGCUGCCCGGCCUGCCGGCACUGCAAUUCCUGGACCUGGCCGCCAACCAGUUCUCCCGUGCGGGUGCGCUCGCCGUGGCGCGCGGCCUGGUGUCUGGUGGGCGGCAGUCUUUCUCGCGGCUGGUGCUGGAUGAGAACUACCUGACGGACGACGCGGUCGAGGCGGUGCGCGACCUGCUGGUGGGGGCCCUGGGCGGCGACAGCUGCCUGUCCGCGGAGGAGCUGGACCCCGACGCGGCCGAGGAGGAGGAGGAGGAGGAGGAGGGCAUGCAGGACGACGAGGGAGACGCACUGGCGGCAGCACUGGAGAAGGGGGCGCACAUAUGA